UGGAGAAUAUUUUGUUAUGCUUCGUAAUAAACUUCCCUAAAGGAGACACCAGGUCCGCCCCGUCCAGUCCAGGAAAGGCGGACCCCUUUAAAGAGGCGGAAAAGUUAACCUUAAUGGGCAGGCGUUCUGUCCAAUCGUCAGUGACCCCUGGAGUCUCUAGCCCAAUGAGCAGCCGGUGAGGGCGGGGUCCGGGUGCACACCCGGAAGUGGGUGCGGGCCAGCCGGCUCGCCCGGGGGCCAUGGCAGCUGCGACUACUGCAGCCGAGGGGGUCCCGAUUAGGGGACCUCCCGGGGAAGUGAUUCAUCUGAAUGUGGGAGGCAAGAGAUUCAGUACCUCUCGCCAGACGCUCACUUGGAUCCCAGACUCCUUCUUCUCCAGUCUUCUGAGCGGACGCAUCUCGACGCUGAAAGAUGAGACUGGAGCAAUCUUCAUCGACAGGGACCCUACAGUCUUUGCUCCCAUCCUCAACUUCCUGCGCACCAAAGAGUUGGACCCCAGGGGUGUCCACGGUUCCAGCCUCCUCCAUGAAGCCCAGUUCUAUGGGCUCACUCCUCUGGUUCGUCGCUUGCAGCUUCGAGAGGAGUUGGAUCGAUCUUCUUGCGGAAACGUCCUCUUCAAUGGUUACCUGCCCCCACCAGCGUUCCCGGUGAAGCGGCGGAACCGGCACAGCCUACUGGGGCCUCAGCAGCUAGGAGGGCGCCCGGCCCCUGUCCGACGGAGCAACACGAUGCCCCCCAACCUUGGGAAUGCAGGGCUGCUGGGCCGUAUGCUGGAUGAGAAGGCCCCUCCCUCACCCUCAGGGCAACCUGAGGAGCCGGGGAUGGUGCGCCUGGUGUGUGGGCACCAUAACUGGAUCGCCGUGGCCUAUACUCAGUUUCUAGUCUGCUACAGGCUGAAGGAAGCCUCUGGCUGGCAGCUGGUGUUUUCCAGUCCCCGCCUGGACUGGUCCAUCGAACGACUGGCGCUCACAGCCCGGGUGCCCGGUGGGGCUUUGGGUGAACAUGACAAGAUGGUGGCAGCGGCCACCUGCAGUGAGAUCCUGCUGUGGGCUCUGCAGGCGGAAGGUGGUGGCUCCGAGAUAGGGGUCUUCCAUCUGGGGGUGCCUGUGGAAGCUUUGUUCUUCGUUGGGAACCAGCUCAUUGCUACAAGCCACACAGGACGCAUCGGGGUGUGGAAUGCCGUCACCAAGCACUGGCAGGUCCAGGAGGUUCAGCCCAUCACCAGUUACGAUGCAGCAGGCUCCUUCCUCCUCCUGGGCUGCAACAAUGGCUCCAUCUACUACGUGGAUGUGCAGAAGUUCCCCUUGCGCAUGAAAGACAACGACCUCCUGGUCAGCGAGCUCUACCGGGACCCAGCAGAGGAUGGGGUCACCGCCCUCAGUGUCUACCUCACCCCCAAGACCAGUGACAGUGGGAACUGGAUCGAGAUCGCGUACGGCACCAGCUCGGGGGGCGUGCGGGUCAUCGUGCAGCACCCAGAGACUGUGGGCUCGGGGCCUCAGCUCUUCCAGACCUUCACUGUGCACCGCAGCCCCGUCACCAAGAUCAUGCUGUCAGAGAAGCACCUCAUCUCAGUCUGUGCCGACAACAACCAUGUGCGGACGUGGUCUGUGACUCGCUUCCGAGGCAUGAUUUCCACCCAGCCCGGCUCCACCCCACUCGCUUCCUUCAAGAUCCUGGCGCUGGAGUCGGCCGACGGGCAUGGCGGCUGCAGUGCCGGCAACGACAUUGGCCCCUACGGCGAGCGGGACGACCAGCAAGUGUUCAUCCAGAAGGUGGUGCCCAGUGCCAGCCAGCUCUUCGUGCGUCUCUCAUCUACUGGGCAGCGGGUAUGCUCCGUGCGUUCCGUGGAUGGCUCACCCACGACGGCCUUCACGGUGCUGGAGUGCGAGGGCUCCCGGCGGCUCGGCUCUCGGCCCCGGCGCUACCUGCUCACUGGCCAGGCCAAUGGCAGCUUGGCCAUGUGGGACCUAACCACCGCUAUGGACGGCCUCGGCCAGGCCCCUGGUGGCCUGACAGAGCAAGAGCUGAUGGAACAGCUGGAACACUGUGAGCUGGCCCCACCGGCUCCCUGGCAGGGCUCUCUCCCAAGCACCUCGUCCCGAAUCUCCCUCACCAGCCUCCACUCAGCCUCCAGCAACACCUCAUUGACCAGCCACCGUGGGAGCCCGAGCCCCCCGAAGGCUGAGGCCCGGCGCCGUGGGGGAGGUAGCUUUGUGGAACGCUGCCAGGAACUGGUGCGGAGUGGGCCGGAGCUCCGGCGGCCACCCACGCCAGCCCCUUGGCCCUCUGCUGGUCUUGGCAUUCCCCUCAUGCCUCCCAAGAUGAAGCUCAACGGAACUUCCUUUUGAACAACACAGCUGCCAUGAUACCUUGGGGUGCCUCCCUUGCCCUGUGGGAGCCCUGGGUUCAGGGCCAGGGCCUCCUUGGAAUAAAUAGUCAUUGUUACUAGGUCCCCAUCUUCCCUCUUUUCUGGAAGCCAAAGUCACCCUCCCCAAUAAAGUCCUCACUGCCAACA